AUGGGUGUGGAGAAAGAGAAGUCGGAUACGAGUAUUAUCAUGGAUGAGGAUGAAUUCAACAGGUCCAUCGAACCCAUCCUGUCACGGAAGGGGCAUGUAUUCGCAUCCCCAGAUGAAGACCGAGACCCUGAAGAAGUCAACGCGCACCUCAAGGUGGGCUUCAGUGACGUCAUCGCCGAGCCGCAGUCAGCUCGGACUUUUGACCGGGUGUGGAUAUGCAGCCAUGCCACAUUUGAGGUGGUCAAGUUGGGCCUGUACCGGCUUCUCGGGGUACUGUUGGCCGUGCCCCUCGCAUUCCUCCUUGGAAUUGUCUUCGCUGUACUCAGCCUGGUGCACAUCUGGCUGGUGAUCCCGAGCAUCCGGAGCUUCUUGGUAGUGCUACCAUCCCUGCAGGUGGUUUGGAGGAGUCUCACGGACACAUUGGUUAUGCCGCUCUUCCACAGCCUGGGCAGGAGCUUCACCUCCGUCCGUAUCCAACACAUGGACCAUUGA